GAAAGGUGCCCAAAAAACACAACGAGUGUGACAAAGCCUGCAAUUGAACGCCCCAAAAUUGGUCUCCUCUCCCUUCUGUCUGGUAUUUGGGGUCUUCUCUGCAACUAUUCCACUACCCCUCUCUCCUCCUAUAUACAUACAUACAUACAUACAUAAUUCACACAUACAUAACUCACACAUACACACAUACAUAAUUCACACGCACGCAUAUCUCUCUAUACAUAUACCAGUGUAGUCUACAUAUCUAUUACCUCCUCUUCACUUCUGCAUAUUUGAAUUUUUUUUUCAUUUUCCCUUCUCUCUCUCUAUAUAUUUUCUGAGAUAUAUAUAUAUAUAUAUAUAUAUAUAUAGGGAAAGUUGUGUACUAUGCUCCUGAAGACCGUUCAAUAUAUGGUUUCGUAGACGUCUGAUCUCGCGAUCCGAUAAUGGAAGAUCUAUGUUUCGUGUUUGAUGCUGCUGCGUGCUACUGAGGGAAGAAGACGACAGCGUUUCCGUCUAAUUUAAGUGAUGAUGGCGGUAAAUUCGGCCUGCAAGGAUGACAACGGCAAGUAUGUCCGGUACACUCCGGAGCAGGUUGAAGCCCUCGAGAGGCUCUAUCACGAAUGCCCGAAGCCGAGUUCCUUACGCCGACAACAGUUGAUUCGUGAAUGCCCAAUUCUCUCCAACAUCGAGCCAAAGCAAAUCAAAGUUUGGUUUCAGAAUCGAAGGUGCAGAGAGAAGCAGCGGAAAGAGGCAUCGCGCCUCCAAGCUGUGAAUAGGAAGUUGACGGCUAUGAAUAAGCUGUUAAUGGAGGAAAAUGAUAGACUGCAGAAGCAAGUGUCUCAGUUGGUGUAUGAGAAUAGCUACUUUCGCCAACAGACUCAAAAUGCAACCCUUGCCACCACAGACGCAAGUUGUGACUCGGUGGUGACAAGCAAUCAGCAUCAUUUGACUCCUCCGCAUCCGCCAAGGGAUGCAAGUCCUGCAGGACUUUUGUCCAUUGCAGAGGAGACUUUAACAGAGUUUCUUUCGAAGGCCACUGGAACCGCUGUGGAGUGGGUCCAAAUGCCUGGGAUGAAGCCUGGUCCGGAUUCCAUUGGAAUCAUUGCUAUUUCUCAUGGUUGCCCUGGUGUGGCAGCUCGUGCAUGUGGCCUUGUAGGCCUAGAACCUACCAGAGUUGCAGAAAUUCUUAAAGAUCGACCUUCAUGGUUUCGUGAUUGCCGAGCUGUCGAUGUUAUUAAUGCGCUGACCACUGGAAAUGGUGGAACUAUUGAACUGCUUUACAUGCAGCUCUAUGCACCUACAACUUUGGCAUCAGCUCGUGACUUUUGGUUACUGCGUUAUACAUCUGUUUUGGAGGAUGGUAGCCUUGUGGUCUGUGAAAGGUCCCUGAAUAACACACAGAACGGUCCCAGUAUGCCACAAGUGCAGCAUUUUGUGAGAGCAGAAAUGCUGCCAAGUGGGUACCUGAUAAGGCCCUGUGAUGGGGGUGGUUCAAUUAUUCAUAUAGUUGAUCAUAUGAAUUUAGAGCCAUGGAGUGUACCCGAAGUGCUGCGCCCGCUAUACGAGUCAUCAGCAUUGCUUGCUCAGAGGACGACAAUGGCGGCUUUACGCCAGUUGAGGCAGAUUUCACAUGAGGUUUCUCAGCCAACUGUCACUAGUUGGGGUCGAAGGCCUGCAGCUCUACGUGCACUUUGCCAGAGAUUAAGCAAGGGCUUUAAUGAAGCUGUUAAUGGAUUCUCGGAUGAGGGAUGGUCAAUGAUUGAAAGUGAUGGCGUCGAUGAUGUUACCCUUCUUGUGAACUCAUCUCCUGGCAAAAUGAUGUGUGGAAAUCUUUCUUAUGGCAAUGGAUUUCCAUCUGUGUGCAAUGCUGUGUUAUGUGCCAAAGCUUCCAUGCUUUUGCAAAAUGUGCCUCCUGCAGUACUUCUCAGAUUCAUACGAGAACACCGAUCAGAAUGGGCAGACAGUGGUAUUGAUGCCUACUCAGCUGCUGCUGUCAAAGCAGGUCCUUGUAGUUUACCAGUUUCUCGAGCUGGAAGUUUUGGUGGGCAGGUUAUUCUUCCAUUGGCGCACACUAUUGAGCAUGAAGAGUUCAUGGAGGUUAUUAAGCUGGAAAAUCUUGGCCACUAUCAGGAGGACAUGAUUUUACCCGGAGACAUCUUCCUCUUGCAACUCUGUAGUGGAGUGGAUGAGAAUGCUGUGAACACAACAUGUUCAGAACUCAUCUUUGCUCCAAUUGACGCCUCUUUCUCUGAUGAUGCACCUCUUCUACCAUCUGGUUUCCGCAUCAUUCCUCUUGAUUCUGGGGUGGAUGCCUCCAGCCCAAAUCGUACACUUGACCUUGCAUCUGCUCUUGAGGUUGGUCCAACUGGAAACAGAGGAUCAGGUGAUUAUUCUAGUCACUGUGGGAGCACAAAAUCGGUGAUGACAAUAGCAUUUCAGUUUGCGUUUGAGAUCCACCUUCAAGAAAAUGUAGCAUCCAUGGCUCGGCAGUAUCUACGCAGUAUCAUCUCAUCAGUUCAGAGGGUGGCAUUAGCACUUUCCCCUUCUUCUUUUGGUUCUGGUGCUGGUUUGUUGUCACCACCGGGUACUCCUGAAGCAAACACGCUUGCCCGUUGGAUCUGUCAUGGUUAUAGGUGCUAUUUUGGUGUCGAGCUGGUCAAACCUGUUAAUGAAGGCAGUGAAUCCAUUCUUAAAACACUUUGGCAUCUCUCAGAUGCUUUAUUGUGCUGCUCUUUAAAGGCAUUGCCAGUUUUUACGUUUGCAAAUCAGGCAGGACUUGAUAUGCUCGAGACAACCUUGGUUGCACUUCAAGACAUUACUUUAGAGAAGAUAUUCGAUGAUACUGGGAGAAAGACCCUAUACUCUGAGUUGCCGCAAAUAAUGCAGCAGGGUUUUGCUUGUCUUCAAGGUGGUAUCUGCUUGUCAAGUAUGGGGAGGCCCGUUUCUUACGAACGAGCAGUUGCUUGGAAGGUGUUGAAUGAAGAAGAAAAUGCUCACUGCAUCUCCUUCAUGUUCAUCAACUGGUCAUUUGUAUGAUUCCCUGGAAAAAGUGUAGGAUGCAAAAGGGUCUUUUGUAUGAUAUUCAGAUCAAAAGAUAGGAUUCAAAAGGGUUUUUCUGUUUUAUCUUUUUAAUAGACAAAACAAGUCAGAUUAGAUUGA